AUCGAAAAAAUUGUUACAAAUGCACUCUCGACCACCAUCUAUUUCUACACAGAAAUUGAUGGCGUGCCAAUUACGGCUGAUAUCAUCAUCGAAGAUAUGGCCCAGUUAACACCGCAACAUGUCUCAGCUGUACUACGAUAUCCGCUUGAAAAGUUGCAAACUGAGCGUCUUCUGGAAGAGACGCAAGAAAACAAAUGGUGGCUCAUUGUGGCAAUUGCUGGCAUUGGAAUAGCUAUCCUCUUGAUCGGCUGGGAGAUCGGGAAGAAGUUCGCGUGCCCGGACUCCGCCCAAGAGCUUGGUGCUGGAGAU